AUGUCAUUCUCGACACUGCCGCCUGAGAUACUUCUCUUGAUCGCCAGACAAUUAGAGACGGAGAAGGAUAUUUCUUCACUUAUGGGGACCAGUGCACGAAACUACCAACUUCUCUUCUCGUUUCUAUAUGAGCAUACGUCCAGUGUGAGGCUAUUACUCGAGUUUGGCGCAGACGCGAGGGAGAUUAAUGGGGUUUAUGAUACCGAUUCGAAAUUGCUGCCAGAAACCCCAGUUGGACCUUUACAUUUUGCCAAAAGCGUGGCUAUGGCUAAGCUACUUCUUGAGGAUGGAGCUGACGUGGACCAUUCACCUAGUCAGUGGGGUACACCACUGCAUGCAGCAGCAGAGAGGGGUGAUAUUGAAGUAGCGAAGUUCUUAGUUGAGAAUGGAGCGGACGUGGACAACUCAAAUGUCCGUGUAGCAACUGCAUUGCAUAUUGCUGUUGAUCAAGGCGAUCUGGACAUGGCUACGCUCCUACUUGAUUACGGGGCUGAUAUCGAUUGCGAUCUGGACAUGGCUACGCUCCUACUUGAUUAUAGGGCUGAUAUCGAUUCUUCUGAUAUAACCGCUAGCUGGGAAAUAUGCGAUUAUUUCGGAACCCCUCUUCAUUUUGCCUGUUUGAGAAGCAACGAAACCGGCAUUUCCAUGAUACAACUUUUACUUGAGCGUGGUGCAGAUCUUGAAGCGAUGGAUAUCCAUUCAGCAACCCCUUUACAUAUUGCCGCCGCAGAAUGCAGUCUAUCUAUUGUAAAGCUACUUCUCGACCACGACGCGCCAGUCAACAUACGAGACGAACUGGGGAUAACUCCUUUGUUUAGGGCUGUAGAGCAGCCAGAUCCAUGCGCAAUAUUUCCGGAUCCAAUAGAACGGCCAGAUCUGGACAUAGCAAAGCUCCUCCUCGACCACGGAGCAUCGAUUAACAUACAAGACAACAUGGGAAUAACUCCCUUGUUCAGGGCUGUAGACCAUUCAGAUUCAAGUAUAGCCAAGCUUCUCCUCAAUCAUGGUGCACGAAUCAGUGCGGAGCCCGGCGAAGAAGACUUCAGGAGCCCAUUACAUCACGCUGUAGCUUUUGGUGUUUUAGACACGGUGGAAUUGCUCAUUAGGCAUGGUGCUGAAGUCAACAAGCAAGACGAUAACGGCCGAACUUGUCUGCAUCUUGUGGUAGACAAUAUCCAACCAGCCAUUUUGAAGCUCCUUCUUGACCAUGGCGCGUUGGCCAACAUGCAGAAUAUCAAAGGGUCUACUGCAUUACACGAUGUAGUAGCAAGGAAGAGUUUGGCCACAGCGGAUCUACGCCUCAUUGGCCAGGGAGUAUCACUCAUACCAGAGGAUGAAUCAAGACAUAUUCGCUGUGAGCUAGUUUGGAGACGGGAUGAUUUGGUUAGCGCGAAGCUGCUCAUCGAUCACGGAGCUAGUUUGGAUAUCCUGGAUACCCGGGGUAAAUCAGCCUUUGAUUACGCCGCGGAAAAUGAGAAAUACUUCGUGCCAAGUCUAUUUGUUGGCCAACAUCCUAGUUGUGACGACCAACCUAAAUAGAAUGGCCCUCGGGGGGCCUUCUAUGACCACGAGAAAACAAAAACGGGCGCAGCAUUGGAGGGAUCUCGAUUGUUGUUGAAUUACAAGAACUGCUGGAUGAUAGUCGCGGUGAUCAUGGUUUUCUUCCGUUGUAACAGAUCAUCUGCUCAUUGCUUGGUAUGAACAGCGCCGCUGGAGUUGGUAGAAGCGGGCAUUGUCAGGAGGUUGGCUUCAUGGCUAUGCGAGCGGUGUUUAGGGAAACUACUCAAUCUGAGUUUCGACGGCAGUGGUUUGUUUGUCCUGCGGAUACUUGUUCAUGCUUUGCUUAGUAUGAAUCUUAGCCUGGAGUUGGUGGGAAUUGGCAUCAUUAGGAGUUUGGCUUCAUGGUUAUGAGGACAGUUUUCUAGGAAUUAGUUGACAUACAGUCAAACCCCUGCAUCAGAAUUACACUCAAUACAAACUCUUGACUUAUAAAAAUGCAUUGCCGGGCCCUGUAUAGAUAUUAGCCUGGAGCGAGGAUAGAUUUCGGAGCACGAG